ACGUGUGUUUUUGCAUUUAAGAAAUUGUUUUUAUUAGUAGUUUGUUUUGCUUCACAAAAUAAAAUGACAGAAGAUGAUGCAGCAACACAAGACAAGGUGGAAUUUCACGAAAUGGGCCUUGACGAUCGUAUUUUAAAGGCAAUAGCAGAGGCAGGGUGGGCAAGUCCAACAUUAAUUCAGGAGAAAGCAAUUCCACUUGCAAUAAAUGGGAAGGAUAUUUUAUCUCGUGCUCGAACCGGCUCGGGCAAAACAGCGGCUUAUGCUGUUCCUAUAAUUCAACAAUUACUGAACCUGAAAAACACAACACAGGAAGAUGAAUACGAGCAAGAAGUUCGUGGAUUGGUUCUUGUCCCAUCACGUGAAUUGUCAGGUCAAGCAUACAACAUGAUGCAACAGCUCACCACAUCAUGCUCACGUGAUGUCACCAGCAUCGAUGUUUCAAUGGAAGGAGACCCAAAUCUUUUGAAGCCUCUGCUUGCUGUAAAACCAGACAUAGUAGUUGGUACACCCAGUCGUGUGUUGGCCCAUGUUCGAGCUGGUAACCUUACACUUGCUUCAGUACGGUGGUUGGUUCUUGAUGAAGCUGAUCUUCUUUUUUCAUUUGGUUACGAAGACGACUUAAAAAUUCUUCUUAAACACUUGCCAAGUAGUUACCAAUCUUUCUUAAUGUCAGCUACACUAAGUGAGGAUGUUGAAGCAUUGAAGAAACUUGUGUUGAACAACCCAGUUACAUUAAAUUUAUCUGAAGAAGAACUUCCUAUGACUGACAAGUUAACUCAAUAUCAUGUAUUCUGUGAAUCUGAGGACGAUAAAUAUCUUCUAAUAUACGCACUCAACAAACUUAAACUGGUCAGAGGAAAAUCCCUACUGUUUGUCAACACUAUUAAUAAAUGCUACAGGUUGAAAUUAUUUUUGGAACAAUUUUCAAUAUUUUGUUGCGUUUUGAACUCAGAGUUACCUGUCAGUACAAGGUGUCAUGUGGUACAGCAAUAUAAUGAGGGAUUAUAUGAUUACAUCAUUGCUACGGAUGAAAGUGCUGUUGUUGCAUCAACUGUGUCAGAAACUGCUCCAGAAAUAAAGAAAACUGGAAAACACAAGAAAAAGAAAUUGACAAAAGCAAAGGAAUACGGAGUUUCGCGAGGCAUUGAUUUUCAGAAUGUUUCAAACGUCAUAAAUUUUGACUUCCCGCCAACUGUUGGUUCAUACAUCCACAGAGUGGGACGAACGGCAAGAGGGGAUAAAUCCGGCACCGCACUUUCAUUUGUUGUUUCGGAGGAGAUGGAGUUAUUGUCACAAGCACAAGCCCGGUUGUCUAGCAACGCAGAUGAUCAGGUCAUGAAACCUUACCAGUUUAAAAUGGAUGAGAUUGAGGGUUUUAGAUAUCGGUGCAAGGAUGCGAUACGAGCGGUGACGAAGAGAGCAAUACAUGAUGCGAGGGUGAAGGAGUUAAGACGAGAGAUGUUGAACUCUGCAAAACUGAAAACCUAUUUUGAGGAAAACCCUUACGACCUCCAAGUAUUGCGUCACGAUGCAGCUUCCCGGCCAAUGAAAGUGAAGAAACACAUGAAGAAUGUUCCGGAAUAUUUAAUCCCACCCACGCUGAAAGGUUUAUACAGCGGGGUUUCCACCCGUGCGUCGCAACACCAGCCACCUCCAUCACAUGAUAUGAAACCAAGGAAAAGAAGUUCAGUUCGAGUGAUGGGAAAACCUAACCCGAAAUAUAAGAAGAAACUGGAAGAUCCACUGAAAAGUUUUAAAUUUGUAAAGAAAUCUUGAUUGAAAGCGUUGUAUUAAAAGACAGGAGAUGAGCGGAGGACAAUAAAAUGGAAAAUAAAUUGUG